CCUCCUUUUCAGUUGAGCGCUGAAGCGUCGGCCGGAUCAUGUCAAGCGGUUCUGCGGAUUACAACAGCUCUAGAGACCGAGACCAUGGGGGCCCAGAAGGAAUGGAGCCUGAUGGUGUCAUCGAGAGCAACUGGAAUGAGAUCACAGACAAUUUCGAUGACAUGAACCUGAAGGAGACUCUCCUGAGGGGCAUUUAUGCAUAUGGAUUCGAGAAGCCGUCUGCCAUUCAACAGAGAGCAAUAAUUCCAUGCAUUAAAGGCUAUGAUGUCAUUGCCCAGGCCCAGUCAGGAACUGGCAAGACAGCCACAUUUGCAAUUUCCAUCCUGCAGCAGCUGGAAAUAGACCAGAAGGAGACACAGGCUCUGGUCUUGGCUCCAACUAGAGAACUGGCUCAACAGAUUCAGAAAGUAAUCCUGGCUCUGGGUGACUACAUGGGUGCCACCUGCCAUGCCUGCAUUGGAGGAACGAAUGUCCGAAAUGAGAUGCAGAAGCUCCAAGCGGAGGCUCCCCACAUAGUUGUUGGAACUCCAGGGCGAGUCUUUGACAUGCUGAACAGGAGGUACUUGUCUCCAAAAUGGAUCAAGAUGUUUGUCUUGGAUGAAGCUGAUGAAAUGUUGAGUCGGGGAUUCAAGGAUCAAAUCUAUGAGAUUUUCCAAAAAUUAAGCACAAACAUCCAAGUUGUGCUUUUGUCGGCUACAAUGCCAGCUGAUGUGUUGGAGGUGACCAAAAAGUUUAUGCGCGAUCCAAUUCGGAUCCUUGUGAAAAAGGAGGAGCUUACCUUGGAGGGUAUCAAGCAGUUCUACAUCAAUGUAGAAAGGGAGGAGUGGAAACUGGACACCCUGUGUGACCUGUAUGAGACUCUGACAAUCACCCAAGCUGUCAUCUUCUUGAACACAAGAAGAAAGGUUGACUGGCUGACUGAGAAGAUGCAUGCAAGGGACUUCACGGUCUCUGCCCUGCAUGGGGACAUGGACCAGAAGGAGCGUGAUGUGAUCAUGCGAGAAUUCAGAUCAGGAUCUAGCAGAGUUCUGAUCACUACGGACUUGCUGGCGCGUGGCAUCGAUGUACAGCAAGUGUCUCUAGUUAUUAACUAUGAUCUGCCAACAAAUCGGGAAAACUACAUCCACAGAAUUGGUCGUGGUGGCCGUUUUGGCAGGAAAGGAGUUGCUAUUAACUUUGUUACUGAAGAAGACAAGAGGAUUCUUCGGGAUAUCGAGACUUUUUACAAUACUACUGUUGAGGAAAUGCCUAUGAAUGUGGCUGAUCUGAUUUAAUCCCUGAGAUGAGAUCUAUUUUAUGCGGUGCUCGCUGUUGUUGAAUAAACACGUGCAUUGUGCUUAUUUUAUUGGAAAAUAUUGAAUCUUGUCUCAAUGCGGAAUGCGGAUCAGAAAUUCAGAUAUUUGCUAAGUCUAUCGACUUUGGUCGUGAGCUCUUUUGAGGACAGUUGUAGAACCAGUUCUCUAGUUCAGAGGACUCUACAGUUAGACUGCAGGGGUGGGAAACAAAGACAUGGAGUCUUUACAUUUAUUCUUUACUAGAUAUUCAUUUCCUAGUUCAAUAAAUGUGUGUGUGUUAGAUGUUCUCUAUCAUUUAAUAAUUUACUUGUGGACUAAAAGAUAUAAGUGCUGUAUUAAGUCUGCCAAUUAUGUGAAACUAACAUUUAGUUAUUGUAAAACUUGGGUCAGAUGCAAUGACCUUCCAAAUUA